AUGGAUUACCAGCUCUCUUAUUCAAAACUCGAGACUACUACAUUCCGAUGGCUAAUCUAUGCAGACGGUACAGUAAAGAUUAGGGUGUUCGACAAUUUCAACAUAUUUUUGACUUUCAAUAAUAAUGAAGAUUUCAAUGUUAUCCUCUACAAAAGAGCAAUUGAUCUUGAUGGGUAUCAAAUUUGGUUUCAAAAAUGGUCGCCAGACUUCAAACUCGAAGAAGAUAUUCCGAUUGUGCCGGUGUGGGUGCUACUGCCAGGACUACCAUUUCAUAUGCACACAUGGCACUACGUGAAACAAAUCACUGAGGCAGCAGGUAUCCCUAUUGAGCUUGACACAACCACUAAAACUAUGAACAGACCAAGCAUGGCAAAGGUACGAGCUGAAAUUGAUCUUAUGAAACCUUUAGUUCAUAAAGUUUGGAUUGGUACUGAAUAUGAAAAUGAUCCCAUAAGAGCCCAAAGUGACGAGAGUGAUAAGACGAAAAAGGGAGAGCAGGGUAGGAAGCAAAAAGAAGUUAUUGGUGGACCUGAUUUUCAAAGAGGAAGAGAGCCUAAUAGAAGAAACUUUGAUAAAGAUCAAAAGGGUAAAAGUGCUCUGCCAAACAGAAUAGAGGGAAAAAAUACUAUCAAGGAUCAAUAUGCUGUCUUGGAUCAGGAAAAAGAUGUAGAAAGGGAGGAAGUCGUGGUUAACUCUGUGCAAAACGUGGAAAAUGAGUACAUCAUUCAAGAUGAUGGGGAGGGUCAAACAAUUGGUAGUGAUGAAGUGGAGACCAUAGCUACACCUUGUGAGGGUAAUAAAUCUGUCACUUACCUCAUUAAAGACACCAAUGAUCUGCAAGUUAUAACUAAUCAAGAGGAAUGA